AACGCAACGUAUAAUGGAUUAGUUAAAAAAAAAAAAACUUGGAAAGGCCGUUUCACAAAAGGAACACUGCUAUAUAAGUGAGGCGAACCGUAGUCGCCAAAAUAGAAUCAAAAUUUGCAGCACCAAAAAUUAAAAAAGAAGAAAAAAAGCAAUGAGUGGAAUAUCACAAGACUGGGAGCCGGUGGUAAUUCGUAAGAAGGCGCCGACCGCCGCCGCUCGCAAAGACGAAAAAGCCGUCAACGCCGCACGUCGCGCCGGCGCCGAGAUCGAAACCGUCAAAAAGUCUAAUGCUGGUUCAAACAGGGCUGCUUCAAGUAGUACAUCUUUGAACACCAGGAAACUUGAUGAAGACACUGAGAAUUUGUCUCAUGAAAAGGUACCAACUGAACUGAAGAAAGCCAUCAUGCAAGCACGACAAGACAAGAAGCUCACUCAGGCUCAACUUGCUCAAUUGAUAAAUGAGAAGCCACAGAUCAUCCAAGAAUACGAGUCCGGUAAGGCAAUUCCAAACCAGCAGAUAAUCUCUAAACUGGAAAGAGCUCUUGGAGCGAAACUUCGAGGAAAGAAAUGAAAGUGUGAUUGCACAAGUUAAGCCUUAUGGAUUGUCACAGUCUGUUUGAAUCCAAAAUCCAGUCAUGUACACAAAUUUUUCUUUAAACAUCUGUGUGUUUUGCUUAUCGUUAUGUCUGGAUUCAUGACUACGGUUUUCUUUGUUGUAUUAGCUGUUUCUUCUGUGGGAAAUCAUCGUAAGAAAUCAUAAACUUCAAAUCCUAAAUUCGUUUCUGCAA